GGGAAACGAAAAUAAACGAAAUACAAAUCAGCUGUUCGUAAGUUCGUAGUGGAGGAAAAUAUGUUUAAUACAAUUUUAAUAUCGGGUCCCCCAGGUGUGGGCAAAACUACGUUGGUUCGAAAUAUAUGCAAGGAGCUAGCAGUGUCUUACAAUUGUUUUGGUUUUAUUACUGAGGAAGUACGUUGUGACCAGACCUCUGCUCGCAUCGGAUUUGAUGUUGUAACGUUUCUUGGCAAACGCUCUAUCUUAGCAAGAGAGCGGUCUGUAAAUACAGAGCGAAUGCCAAAAGUAGGAAAAUACUCGGUUUACAUUAAUGAAUUUGAAGACUUAGUACUUCCAUUACUUGAUUACCCUAAUUCGAAACAGGAUCUAUUAGUUAUAGACGAAAUUGGAAAAAUGGAACUAAAGAGUGAAAGAUUUGAGAGAGCUUUAAUUAAAUUAAUUGGUAAAGUUCCAAUUUUGGCGACAAUACCAUGUCAAUCGAACGAACAUCUUAAACUUGUUGAAUGUCUAAAAAAUUCUUCCACAUCCCGUAUAUUCGUAAUAAACAAAAGCAAUCGUUCUGUUAUUCAGCAUGAUAUUGUAAAACAUAUUAAACAAAUGUUAAGAAAUUAGACAAAAAAGCCGAACAUUUAACUU